AACUUCUAGAAUAUGAAACUGUUUGUAUGAUAGGAUCCGGUUCGUUCGGUACGUGCUUCAAAGUUAGAAACCGAACUACUGGAAAGUAUUAUGUGUGGAAGACUAUAAAAUAUGGAACAUUAUCACAAGAACAGAAGAAGGUGUGACGGAAGAACUGUUACAUAAUUCAAAAUAGUUGCAAUAUUUAGAUUUUAGUGUCCGUGUGAUUGCAAACUCAGUUUCCACACGCCCUAAUGAUUUCCACGGGUCUUGAAUAUAAAUAUCCGUAGGAACGACUAUACUUUGAACAAUUGAAUUGUGUUUGAAAUCAUGAACUCGAAUGUAGAUGCCCUAUAGCACAAAUGUAGCGAGUUUGUUAACAUUGUACCUUGGCGUUUUGGGAUCUGCUGAUAAUUUCAGAUAUUCUACAUAUUUUCGCCUUGUCUCCGAGGUGAAUUUAAUGAGCGGCCUACAUCAUCCAAACAUUGUCGAGUACCAUGAUCGCAUAAUUGAUAAAACUUCAGCUACUUUAUAUAUAAUAAUGGAAUGGUGCCCAGGAGGUGACCUCUCUGUACUUAUAACAAAAUGUAUAAAGAGGAAUUUAUCACUAGACGAAGGAUUUAUAUGGCGUGUUCUCUAUCAGAUAGCACGCGCACUUCAAGCGUGCCACUCCCAGCUUCCAUCUGGAACAUUGUUGCAUAGAGAUGUGAAACCAGCAAAUGUCUUCUUAGAUUCAGAUAACAAUGCAAAACUUGGUGAUUUUGGGUUGGCACGUAUUCUAAAUAGUGACAGUAGCUGUAGUCAGACGUUUGUUGGCACACCUUACUACAUGAGUCCUGAGGUUAUAAUGGGUGGCACAUACAGCAAAAAAUCUGAUGUGUGGUCGCUUGGGUGUAUUGUUUAUGAACUUUGUUCCCUCAGGCCGCCUUUCAAGGGUUCAAAUAUCAAACACUUAGCUCAGAAAAUCAUUGCAGGAAGGUUUCCAAGAAUUCCAGCACACUAUUCUGAAGACCUCCAAAACAUAAUUUCACUAAUGCUAAGUUCUAAGCCCUGUGAUCGCCCAACAGUUGAUGUUUUAAUUCAGAAUCCUGUUGUUCUUUCCCAUGUCAUUCAAGAUUGCAUUAAUGCAAAGUUAUCUGUACCUAAAAGUCUUCAAACUCUGCAAAAUCCAUGUGAAACAACUGAAAAGGUUAAAGUAUUCCUACAAGAUAACAUUGCAGCUGCCAAUCUUGCUGAUGUUCAGGUGAUACCAAAUGACAGUUUCUCAAAAGGCUUUGACUAUAAGUUUCAGGACAUAUUGUCAAAAAAACUGGAGGAGCUCAAAAGAAAAGAGGCAGCAUUACAGUUAAAAGAGUUUGCAGUUGCUGAAAGAGAACGAGCUGUUCAAAAGAAAGAGAGAGAUUUGUACACAGCAACAACAGCUGAAGGAAGGUUUAUGACUGAGGGAAAAAGUCAGCAUAAAUAUCGUGAUGUUCAGUUGACAGCAUGGAAGCAGAAAACUCCACACUUGUACCAUAUGCCUAUGAAGAAUGAAGACACUUCUUUCAGUGCAGACACAGGUGACACAAGUAUCCUUCCAACUUCUGCAAAACUGAUUGCAGAUGCUAAAGAAUGUUUCAUAAAAAAACCAAAUGAAAGGAGAGUUCAUUUUGAUACUGUACCAAUACUGGAUGCUGUUGAGUAUACAUUUUAUGGCAGAAGUAGUACCCUUUGCAUUAAGAAGCCUGCAAUUGGUAAAACUAACGAACAUAUGCAUUCUGAAACUGCUGGUUGCAUCAGCAAGAAAAAUGUAUUGCACAGAAAGUCCUCUGCUCAGGUUCUCCAAAAUGUUGACAAUAUCAACCAGAAUAAUGUGGACAGUUCACAUAGGCAUGUAUUCAGCCAGUGGAAGAAGGCAGGUACCAUUCCCCGGACAGGGAGGGGUAAUUGUUCAAAUAAGGAAAACAAGCAUCCUACAGUGUCUUCUGCUCAAAAUACAGUUGAAUUGCCUGUGGAUGAUGUUCUUACCAAGAAAUUCAGUUCAGUGGUAAAUUUCAGAUGAACUCUUAUAGUGGAGAAUGAGUGGUAUGGUCUCGUGUAUUAAACACACAUAAAAAACUUAGUACCUGACUAGUUUGUAGCUAAUCAAAUUAACAUGGGGAUAGUUGAUCAAUAAAAUUAUUUUAUUCGUAUUGAGUCUCAGGGAUCCUGGAAAACUGACAUACAUACAUACUUAACACCUAACAUGUGAGCUUCAAUUGGUAUUAUUAUGCUUUACUGUUUUUAUAUAAAAAAUUUGAUGUGCUUGAUUAAAAGAU